AUGUCGCCUGCCGUCAAGCUCAACGCCGAGCCUAAUCUGGACAUUAGCUUCCAGGACUACCUGAUCCUCUCAAAGCUGGUCUUUGACUGGGCUGAUAGCUACGAUGCCAAAGACUGGGAUCGCCUCCGCAGCAUCAUUGCCCCGACUCUGACGGUCGACUACACCAAGAUCGGCCUUAAGAGAUGGGACGACAUGGCCGCCGACGAUUACAUGGCCAUGGUAACCCACCCCGGAUUCCUGGGCGAUCCCACCAUCAAGACCCAGCAUCUACUUGGCCAGACCUGGUGGGAGAAGAUCUCCGACACCGAGGUGAUCGGACAUCACCAACUCCGCGCUGCGCACCAGGUCUAUACCAAUGAUGGCCUGGAGGAGGUCAAGCUUCGCGGUCAUUCGCAUGCUACCAAUGAGCACUAUUACCGUAAGGUGGAUGGCGUGUGGAAGUUUGCGGGUUUGAAGCCUAAUGUGCGAUGGAAUGAGUUGCGUUUCGAGGAGGUUUUCAAGGGUCUGGAUUAA